AUGUCCAAGUCUUCAGUUAAUCUCUUCUUUCUCCUUGCCAUUGUUGUAGUAAGUCUAUUCAUAACCCAAGCAGUAGCGGUUUCUGUACAAGACAAAGGAAAACACACUCACUACAAAUACACUGUCUACAUUCUCAAUGGCUGUGAAAGCGGAAUCGAGAUGCCUAUACAUGGGCAAUGUUUCCAUGUAGGCAAUUUUACCUUGAUUAGAUUGUGGCAGCAGUACCAUUGGAGUUUCUCUGUCAGCUAUACUAAAGAUGUUACUUAUCAAUGUAACUUAUCUAGGGGUUAUUCGCGUUCUCAACGGCAGAGCAUCAUAGCUUUUAAUCUUGAUAGAGAUUCUGAUGAACGGAGGUGUGGUGGAACCGGAGAGUGUUACUGGAAAAUCACUGAGGUCGGUAUAUACUUUGGCAACAAUAAUUCUACUUGGACUAAGGCUUAUAAUUGGUCGUCAAUUUCUGAUCACAAUAAUAGUCGUUUCGUCCAACCACAACAAUUGCCGAAAAGUGCAUCGCCUUAA